AGUAAAUGAUCCGGAACUACUUAGUCUAGCUUAUCUAAACGAGACAAAUGGGGCUGCGGAGCUAGCUGAGCUAGGACCGCGUUAAUAAUGCGGAACUAAUUUUAGACAGUUACAAAACACAACGUCAAACUGAGUGAGAAGCUAACGUAACCGUGGGAAGUGUUGGUAGGAUAAACAAUAUAAGAGAAAAUGGACCUGAAGAAUAGUUUAACGAACCAACCCGACAAAAUUACCACAGUGAAACUGGUGGAGAGUAGCCCGGCUCCCAGUGGGGUCGAACUGGUCAGCUCCUAUCAGACUAACCGGGUGGGAGACCCCAUGGAUCUGGUGGCCCUGGCUCAGCAAGUACAGAAGGGAGAUGAUUAUAUAAAAGCCAAUGCUUGCAACAAGCUGGUGGUGAUUGCAGACCAGAUCAGGUAUCUGCAGGAGCAAGCCAGAAAGGUGUUAGCGGACGCCAAAAGAGAUGCUGACCUCCACCACGCUGCCUGCAAUAUCGUGAAGAAGCCAGGUAACAGGUAUUACCUGUACCAGCGGCCUUCUGGACAGGAAUACUUUUCCAUCAUCUCCCCUAAGGAAUGGGGACCAAGCUGCCCUCAUCCCUUUCUUGGUGCAUUUAAACUCCAACACGACAUGUCCUGGACGCCCGCAGACGAGGUGGAGAAGAGGGAUGCUGAGAUCGCCAUCAUGGACAAACUUCUGAGCGAGCAAAUGGCCUUACCACUGCACACAGGACCCAACUUCAGAAGCCUUAUGGAGUAAGGGCUCCUGAAGGCAGGCUGUUUUACCUCUGACUUCCACUAAAACACUGACUUCUGACACCCCCAUCCUGGUCCGACUCCUGUCCACUCAUCCAUUUUUAAAAUGCCCAAAUAUUGUCAGAUCCAGGAAAUGAAAGUCAAAUGUCUUAUUUCACAUUUUAGUUUCAAAUAAAGUUCAUUAAAGUGCAAUAAAUUGAUUUGACAUCA